AGUGAGUAAAUAAUUUAUGAUUAAUCCUAAUAUUUAAUUGUAUUUUAAUCAAACAGUUUACUAGCAGUAACAUUCGAAUAAACAACUCUUAGAGAACCACUUGAUCACUGAUCGAUGUUUUUGACUUGCAAUUAGUAAAGGAUUAUAUAUACGUUUGAUCGAAAAAGUGAUAAAAAUAGUGUCAGUUUUUGAUAAAAAUAAAUACAUAUUAAGUUAAAGAGAGAAAUAGAAAAAGAGAGAAAGAUUAAAUAUGUCGAUACAUGUGUAUCUUAAUUUGAUUAGAAGAAAAUAAUAGUCAAACUAUUUGAAAUAUAAAUAUUUUUAAUACUCUAAAUAUUACAAAUGAUAAUUAAUCAGAUUCAGUGUUUUGUUCAAAUUUGAAUGAGAACGAAACUCUGUCCUAUUCUGUUUUGGAUAUGGUCAAUCAAAUGGAUAACUCUAAAACUUCAAAAUACGGUUUAAUAUCUUGGAAAUUAAAUAAGAAAUCUUUGGAUUUCUUAUGGAAACGACAUUAUCGUGAAAAUGUUAUAAAAUCAGAUGAAAACAAGUGGAAGAGUGAAGAUUCUAACACUAUCAACGUGGCACCAUGUAAACCACAAAAUAAUACUACCAAUAAAAUACAACAUGGUUUUUUUGGAAAUAUUAAAAAGCAUUUUGCAAUACGCAAAGCUAAACAAAAAGCAAACAAAUCCAUAACAUCUGAUUAUCUUAACGAGACCCAACAAAUAAUUUCUAUGUUUGACAAUGAAAGACCGACAAAAUCUUCCAAUGAUAUUGACACACCAGUGGUCGAACGAUGUCUUCCUUCUGCAGAUACAGAUAAUUCAUUGACCACUGUUAUACAAAAUACUACUGACGAGAACAAAGUUAAUUGUAAUACUCAAUUUUCUUCACCUUUAAAUUGUGAGACAGAUAUUUAUUCGGAAGGAGAAACGAAGAAUUUGGAAGUACUUAAUAGAGAAUGCGAUACAAAAGAUAAAAUUCAUAUCAAUUCAUCGCUAGAGUCACCAGCACUGCAAACUACAGAUGAAAGACAAAUAGUACAACAUACAAGUAAUACAGAUACGGAAAGUGAUAUGGCAAUAAAUGAUGAAAGUAAGCUGAAAGCUUGUCUCACUGAAGAAUUAUUGAAAUUAAGCAAAUAUGGUUGGUAUUGGGGUCCCAUAUCUGGAAACCAAGCUGAUCUUAAACUUAUGUCAGAACCAGAUGGUGCAUUUUUAGUUAGAGAUUCAUCUGAUGACAGGUAUUUAUUAACAUUAAGUUUUAAGUCAUCGGGAAAAUUACUUCAUGCCAGAAUGGAACACAGUAGGGGUCUGUUUUCAUUAUGCAACCGUGGAGAAAGUAAAUCCUUUACUUCCAUAGCUGCGUUGAUUGAUUAUUCUAUGAACUUCAGUGAAUCUGCAGUAAUUUGUUAUUCGAGACCCAAGUAUCCUGGUUGUCCGUCAUUUCCUGUAAGGCUAACAAAGCCAGUAAGUAGGUUCACUCAAGUCAAGAGUUUACAAUAUCUUUGUCGUUUUGUUAUACGACAAAAUACAAGAUUGGACAAUAUUCACAAAUUGCCAUUGCCAAAAAGUAUGAGAGGAUAUAUAGAAGAAGCACAUUAUUGAGAUAAAAAACGAUGCAAUUUAAUAUGUGGUAAAAACUUUAAUUGUAUGACAACUAAAAUGUCAAUGUGAUAAUUUUAGAGUAUUGCUAAUAAAAAAGAUAUUAAUCUAUAUUUAGAGAUAAAUUUUUUAUGUGCUUUUACAUAUUUAUGUAAAAAAAAAAUGAAAGUAUUGGCAAUGUAAAGAAAACGUGAAAGCACAACCAGAAUAAAUGCAUUUGUUAAACAAAUAGAUAUACAUAUACAUAGAAUUUGAUAGAAAAAUAUAUUUUAUGAUAUCUAUACGAUAUAAGUACAAAAAUUAUAUUCUAUAAACUUCUUUAUAUAUUAGCAAUACGUUAUACGUUUAUUUGUAUGCAAAAUAAACUAUUUCUUAGAUUAGUUAAAAUGAUAAAUCAUACAAAUUUGUAAUAUUUACAGCUUGAUAAAUAGUUACUACAAUUUGCUUCUUAUACUUCUGGUGCAAUAUGAAUUAAUUUGAACGAAUUAGUAAACGUCUAUGUACAAUUACUCAUCAAAUUGAGCAUACAUUUAGAUUGAUAAUAAAUAAGAUGAGAGAAUAAAUAAAAACGAAAUAUAUAUUCAUAGUUUAUCUAACAUAAAUGCAAGCUCACUUUUGUGAAUGAUGACUUUUAUGAACGUGACACAGCAGCAUGUCUGCUUUUUAAGAUAUUUCAUUGACACAUUAACCUUGAUCAAUAAACUUAUAAAAAUUAUUUA